CCCUCCCGGUAUACUUCGGCUGUCAUCCGACACAGCCAAUCCCGCUCCUCCGCCAGCGCGACCUCGGCGGCGAUCGCCGACAGCAACACAGUUUCCCUCGGGAAUUUCACAAGCAAACCACGAAUCCUCCCCCAAAAUACCCCGCGGCACCCCGCCGCAACCGGAAAGCUGGCGACCAAAUCCACCACGCAGCGGCUCAGCCUGAUCUCCAGACAUCUGGACCAGCGCCUGCCUCUGCCUGACCUCAACACCCCCUUCUCGACCGAGAGAAACUCCCUUGCCCCCGACGACCUCGAAUAUAAACCCAUCGAUCGCUCCAUUCCUCCUGAGCCAGCUCCUGAGCCCCAGCCCACCAUGUCGACCCAAGCGCCGCACAACACCCUGCUCAUCCCGGGCCCCAUCGAGUUUGACGAUGCCGUCCUCCAGUCCAUGUCCCACUACGCUGAGAGCCAUGUCGCCCCCGGCUUCGUCAAGGUCUUCGGCGAGACCAUCUCCCUCACCCGCAAGCUCUUCCAAUCCACCAGCCCGACUGCCCAGCCCUUCAUCAUCGCCGGUAGCGGUACCCUCGGCUGGGAUCUGGUGUCGUCCAACCUCGUUGAGCGCGGUGAGAACGCCCUCGUCCUGAACACCGGAUACUUCGGCGACUCCUUCGGUGCCUGCCUGGAGACCUACGGCGCCAACGUCGACCACCUCCGCUGUCCCAUCGGCGAGCGUCCCGCCUUCGAGGACGUCGAGGCCGCCCUCCAGAAGAAGCCCUACAAGGUCAUAACCAUCACACACGUCGAUACCUCCACCGGUGUCCUGAACGACAUCAAGCGCGUCGCCCAGAUCGUCCGUCGCGUCAGCCCGUCCACCCUCGUCGUCGUCGACGGUGUCUGCUCCGUCGGAUCCGAGGAGAUCGCCUUCGACGAGUGGGACCUCGAUGCCGUCGUCACCGCAUCUCAGAAGGCCAUCGGCUGCCCGCCUGGUCUGAGCAUCGUCAUGGUCUCUGGUCGCGCCCUAGACGUCGCCGCCAACCGCAAGACCCCCGCCGCCUCCUACUAUGCUUCCAUCCAAAAGUGGCUGCCCAUCAUGCAGAACUAUGAGAACAACAAGCCCAGCUACUUCGCCACUCCCCCCACCCAGCUCGUGCACGCCCUGCACACCACUCUCAGCCAGAUCACCGCCCGCCCCAUGGCUGAGCGCUUCGCCAUCCACACCCAGGCUUCUGACAAGGUCAAGGAUGCCGUUGCUCAGCUUGGUCUGAAGCAGCUGGCCCCCAACCCCGACUGCCAGGCCCACGGCAUGACUGCCAUGUACCUGCCUGACGGCCUUGCCCCGCCCGAUGUCCUGCCCGGUCUGCUGAAGCGCGGUGUCAUCUUCGCAGCUGGUCUGCACAAGGAGAUUGCCACCAAGUACAUCCGAUUCGGCCACAUGGGUGUUUCUAUCUCUGACCCCAACCGCAAGGACAUUGAUAACGCCCUUGCGGCGUUGAAGGAGGCUCUGACCGAGGCUAAGCAGGCCAAGGGACUGUAA